AAAAAAUAUAUCAAUAUGUAUAGCGUUUUAACGGCAGUGGCUCUUUUGUUUAUGAUUUUCGAUGUUAGCUACUAUAUCAGAGCGAUUGGGGUUCUUUUAUUCGGAAGACUUUACCCAAAUAAAUGCAAAAUAUCGGAAACAACAUUUCAUUAUGGCAUCUGCACAACUAAAGAUGUUGACAUCUUUUUGACGCACAUGAGUAACGCCCGGUUCCUUCGAGCGGUGGACUUCGCUAGGCAGCACUUCUAUGACAGAACCGGCAUUUAUUCCAAACUGUUUAAGAGCACGACCUUCGUGAAGGCGUCCACUAUUAGAUAUAGACGGCCCAUCGCCUUACUCAGCCAUUAUAAAGUCGAGACCAGGAUGUUAUGCUGGGAAAAUCAGACUAUGUAUCUGGAGCACAAGUUCGUCACUCUGAAAGACAACUUUGUAAGGGCUGUGGCUCUUUCACAGAAUUACGUGGUUGGCGUUGAUUUACCUACCGCGAUGGAGGAGAUCCCUGGUGCAGAUGCCUUUAAGACUGCCCCUGAGGAAGUCACGCAGUGGUGCCAAUUUCUGGAAGCUUCGAGCGCCAGUAUUAGGAAAAAGGAUUAA